AUGCUAUUCAAUGUCACGUGGGUAAGGCGUAAGGACAGGCAACUGUUAACUGUCGAACGAAAUACUCACUCGGUAGACAAAAGAUUUAUGGUGAAGCACGUAAACUCGGACUGGUCGCUAUUGAUACAAAAAGUUACUCAUGAUGAUGCUGGCUUAUACGAAUGUCAGGUGACAUCACAUCCCGUCCAACAUUACUUUGUACAGCUGAGUGUGACCGAAGCCUAUUCGGUGAUACCCGGUGCACCGGAUCUUCACGUGAAGCAAGGAUCAAAUUUGCGUUUGGAAUGUCAAUUAAUGUCGUCUACCGAAGCGCCGCUCUAUGUGUUCUGGUAUCGCAAUUCUCGUAUGAUUAAUUAUGAUUCAGAACCUGGUGUUAAAGUUGAACUUACAAAAGCUGGGUCGAUUCUCGAAGUAGAGAGAACGCAGCUAAGCCACGGAGGAAAUUAUACGUGUGCGCCAAGUAAUGCCAGGGAAGCCUACGUAAUGGUUCACGUGUUGGAAGAAGAGGAGAAGCCCGCAGCAAUGCACGGUGGGGAUCGUAGGAAUUUGAGCCCAGCAAUUUUAGCCAGCAAUUUUCUCAUUUCUUUGCUAGCGACUGUAAGCUGGAGGAUACCUACCUACACGAAUCUUUAUCCUACGUGAGCGAAUCGAUAAGCCAUGGCGUACAAUCCUUGAUUUUCG